AUGUCUCUAUUAACGAUCCUCAUUUUCAUCACAGCGGCAUGUGAUGUACUAGGGGAAGGUCGAAAUAAAAUAUCACCAGAGACAGAUUCUCAUGUUGCGGAGAGCGGUGGAUUCGUUCCUAUAAUCGCCUCCCGCGUAGGAGGUGGGUAUGAGCCAGGCUCCGUUGCACCAACAGGCCCAAGUGGAGGAGGUGUUCUUGUUGCUAGUAUGCCUGUCAUUGCUGGUCCGUCUUACAGUGGUGUUGCUGGCAGUAGUGCUCCACUCAAUAAUGCAGCUGCGGUGGGAGCAGCACAGCUCAGUGCGAUACAAAACGCUCAAGCUGUUCAAGCCGCUCAAAUAGCCAAUGCUGCUGCUGCGGCAAUCCAAGGUGCUCGAGUAGCAGAAACUGCAGCAAGAGCAGGACAAGCAACUGCCCUUCGAAAUGCUCAAGCCCUAAAUGCAGCACGAAUUGCGAACUUAAAAAGAGCCCGAGCUGCUGCAUAUGAGAAUGCACGUGCUGCUGAGGCAGCAAGGAGAGCGGCUUCUGCAGCUGCUGUAGAAAUUGCACGUGCUAUGGAAGCUGAAAGAAUCGCUAAUGCUGCUCGCGUGCAUGCCCUUGCCAUUGCUAAUGCUCGUGCAGUGGAGGCAGCACGAAUAGCAAAUGCCGCAAGAGCUCAAGCGUCGGCUGUUGCUACCAGUGCAGCUCAAGCUCAGGCUGUUGCUGAGGCGGUUGCUAGAAAUUCUCAAGAUGGAACGUUAGCCUUCGCAGGUGGUGUUUAUAAUAGCUAUGCAGGUCCUGUUGCCGUAGACGGAUAUGGAUAUGCUCCAAGUGGAUAUGGUGGCAAUUACGGAUACGGAAAGGGAGGACACUGA